AUGAAAUUGAUCACUUUUCCAGGGCAGGGAUCACCAAUUGGCCUCGACGCGUUUGAAUCGUAUUUGACACGGAAUUUUAAUGGGUUUAAUCGAGUUUUUCAGGCCUCUAAGUAUGCAGAUAUCGUUAAAUCCAUUGGUGCUCGCAAGACGAGCGCCGACUCUAUUGUAGGUUGUUCAGGGCUUCUGUUCGAGGCUUACCAGCUGGAAAAUGGGACACAGGAGCAAUUGUGCUUUUUGGGACAUUCGCUGGGCGAAUUGUCAUGUCUUGCAGCGGGAAAUCACUUGUACGAUAUCCCCACUACGAUGAAUAUCGCCAGAAAAAGACAUGAGCUCAUGGUAGCCACAACAAGGCAAUACAAGGUCACAAGGGGACUCGAGGAUAUGCAAUUCGCAAUGUGGGCCAUCACAGCACCCAAAAGUACCGAUCUUCGCAGAGAUUUGGAGCGAAUAAUAUCUAAGAUGCAAUCUCUUGGGGCAAAAUCCUUGCAACUGGCAAACGUCAACGCAAAGACACAAUGUGUUGUCACGGGCUUUGAACAAGAUUUGGAAGCAUUGAAGCAAGUUCUCGCGCAAGGCAACGCCAUUCGUUUCAAAAGCAUACCUCUCGCCAACCCUGAUGGUAUCCCGUUUCACAACAGUGAAGUUCUUUCACCGAUUAUUGAACCCCUGAAAGAUUUUAUGUGGAAAAAGCUUAAAAGAACCGGUUCUCACACCAAGCGUAAAUUAGAUCAUCCGAUCAUCUCAAAUGUCAGCGGCUGCUGCGAAACAGACGUAGAUACUGCUAUUUCGAAUUUCGUCUCUGGAAGCACGAAAACAGUCGAGUUCAUUAGUUGCUGCGAGACCAUAGACGCACUUGAAAUUUCAACAUCGGCUAAUAUUGGACCGGGCAACGUAGUUGGCGUUUUGGUGAAGAGAAAUUGCGGCAUAGGCGCCAACUUCGACUGGAGUUGA